AUGGAAACAGUAAUAACUCCAUUAUCAUUCCCUUCACCUUCAUUAAUUUUCAACAAACCAUUACCACCUUCUUCUUUUUGGCCACUAACAACAACCUCUCCAUUUUCGUUUUUAAAAUCUCAUAAGAAUCUUAGUCAUAAAGUUCAAAACAGCAAGAACGGCAACUUUCUUGAUUUGAUCCCGGAAAACAAAUCCGAACCAAUUAAAUUUGAUGUUGAUUGGCUUGACCCAUCACACAAAGCCCGGUUUGACCUCAUUGUCAUUGGUUGUGGUCCAGCCGGGCUUUGUUUGGCAGAACGGGUUGCUAGAUAUGGGAUCAAGGUUUGUUGUGUUGACCCUGACCCACUUUCUAUGUGGCCUAAUAAUUAUGGGUCUUGGAUUGAUGAAUUAUCUUGCUUAGGACUGGAUGAUUGUUUUGAUAAAACAUGGCCUAUGGCUUCUAUUCAUAUUAAUGAUCAUAAAAGUAAGUAUCUUGAUAGGCCUUAUGGUCGAAUUAAUCGAAAGACUUUGAAGAUGAAGUUGCUUGAAGGGUGUGUUUCCAAUGGGGUUAAGUUUCAUAAAGCCAAAGUAUGGAAAGUUGAUCAUCAAGAAUUUGAGUCUUCUAUUGUUUGUGAUGAUGGGAAUGAAUUUAAAGCAAGUUUGAUUGUGGAUGCAAGUGGUUUUGCAAGUUCUUUUGUUAAAUAUGAUAAGCCUAGAAACCAUGGUUACCAAAUUGCUCAUGGGAUUUUAGCAGAAGUUGAUGAGCAUCCAUUUGAUCUUGACAAGAUGCUACUCAUGGAUUGGAGAGAUUCACAUCUUGGAAAUGAGCCUCAUUUACGUGUUAGCAAUUCAAGAUUCCCAACUUUUUUGUAUGCUAUGCCAUUUGACUCGAAUUUGGUGUUUCUUGAAGAAACUUCAUUGGUUAGUCGGCCCGUUUUAUCUUACAAAGAGAUCAAAUUAAGAAUGGUGGCAAGGUUAAGACAUAUGGGUAUUAAAGUAAAAAGGGUUAUUGAGAGUGAGAAGUGUUUGAUCCCAAUGGGUGGGCCACUUCCAGUGAUUCCCCAACCCGUGAUGGGAAUUGGUGGAAAUGCUGGUUUGGCCCACCCGUCAACAGGGUACAUGGUGGCGAAAACAUUGACCCUGGCCCCAAUUCUGGCUGAGUCUAUUGUCCAAUGUCUUGGAUCGACAAGGAUGAUCAGGGGUCAACCGCUUUAUCAUAGAGUGUGGAAUGGGUUGUGGCCUAUUGAGAGAAGAUUAACAAGGGAGUAUUAUACAUUUGGGAUGGAGACACUUUUGAAGCUUGAUUUGCAAGGAACAAGAAGCUUUUUUGAUGCUUUCUUUGAUUUAAAUCCAGAAUAUUGGCAUGGAUUCUUGUCAUCAAGAUUGUCGCUUACGGAACUUGCUAAGCUUAGCUUGUCACUAUUUGGGCAUGCAUCUAGCUCAUCAAAAUAUGAUAUUGUUACAAAGUGUCCUGUUCCUUUAGUCAAGAUGAUGGGUAAUUUGGUUGUUGAAUCCAUUUGAUUCUGGAUUACCUCUUUUAUAAAAUGAAUUAGCUUGA